CCCAGCCCGAGGCCCGGCCCCUCCUCCCUGCCCCGCCCUCGGGCCGUCCCUCCGGGUCCCCGCGUCGCUCGGCCGCACGCUCGCUCGCUGGGCGCACGCUCCGCCUCAGUCGCUCGGCUCGGCCGCGGGGCGCGCGGGGUGGACGGGAGCCGGGCCCGACGCGCGGCAGGGGCAGGGGCAGGGGCAGGGGCUGGGGCUGGGCUGGGGCUGCGCUGGGGCUGGCAGAUCGGCGCCCGCCGCGGGGCGAGGCCGCAGCCGCGAUGGCCGAGAUGGGCAGCAAGGGGGUGACGGCGGGGAAGAUCGCCAGCAACGUGCAGAAGAAGCUCACGCGCGCGCAGGAGAAGGUCCUCCAGAAACUGGGGAAGGCGGAUGAGACAAAGGAUGAGCAGUUUGAACAGUGUGUCCAGAAUUUCAACAAGCAGCUGACUGAGGGCACUCGACUACAGAAGGACCUCCGGACCUACCUGGCCUCAGUCAAGGCCAUGCACGAAGCCUCCAAGAAACUGAAUGAAUGUCUGCAGGAGGUGUACGAGCCCGACUGGCCUGGCAGGGAUGAAGCAAACAAGAUAGCUGAGAACAACGACCUCCUCUGGCUGGAUUACCACCAGAAGCUGGUGGACCAGGCGCUGUUGACUAUGGACACAUACCUGGGCCAGUUCCCUGACAUCAAGUCACGCAUUGCCAAGCGAGGGCGGAAGUUGGUGGACUAUGACAGUGCCCGGCACCAUUAUGAGUCCCUCCAAACCGCCAAAAAGAAGGAUGAAGCCAAGAUUGCCAAGCCUGUCUCGCUGCUUGAGAAAGCCGCCCCCCAGUGGUGCCAAGGCAAACUGCAGGCUCAUCUCGUAGCUCAAACUAACCUGCUCCGAAAUCAGGCAGAGGAGGAGCUCAUCAAAGCCCAGAAAGUGUUUGAGGAGAUGAACGUGGAUCUGCAGGAAGAGCUGCCAUCCCUGUGGAAUAGCCGGGUAGGUUUCUAUGUCAACACGUUUCAGAGCAUUGCAGGCCUGGAGGAGAACUUCCACAAGGAGAUGAGUAAGCUCAACCAGAACCUCAACGAUGUGCUGGUCAGCCUGGAGAAGCAGCAUGGGAGCAACACCUUCACAGUCAAGGCCCAGCCCAGUGACAACGCCCCUGCAAAAGGGAACAAGAGCCCUUCGCCUCCGCCAGAUGGCUCCCCAGCCGCCACCCCGGAGAUCAGAGUCAACCACGAGCCUGAGCCCUCGGCAGCAGCCGGGGCAGCCCUCCCCAAGUCCCCAUCUCAGCUCCGGAAAGGGCCACCAGUCCCUCCGCCUCCCAAACACACCCCGUCCAAGGAGGUCAAGCAGGAGCAGAUCCUCAGCCUGUUUGAUGACACGUUUGUCCCUGAGAUCAGCGUGACCACCCCCUCCCAGUUUGAGGUCCCGGGGCCUUUCUCGGAGCAGGCCAGUCUGCUGGACCUGGACUUUGACCCCCUCCCGCCUGUGGCGAGCCCAGUGAAGGCACCCACGCCCUCUGGUCAGUCAAUUCCGUGGGACCUCUGGGAGCCCACAGAGAGUCCAGCUGGCAGCCUGCCUUCCGGGGAGCCCAGCGCUACCGAGGGCACCUUUGCUGUGGCCUGGCCCAGCCAGACGGCCGAGCCGGGGCCUGCCCAACCAGCGGAGGCCUCGGAGGUGGCGGGUGGGACCCCACCUGCGGCUGGAGCCCAGGAGCCCGGGGAAACAGCAGCAAGUGAAGCGGCCUCCAGCUCUCUCCCUGCGGUGGUGGUAGAGACCUUCUCAGCAACUGUGAAUGGCACCGUGGAGGGUGGCGGUGGGGCCGGACGCUUGGACCUGCCCCCAGGCUUCAUGUUCAAGGUGCAGGCCCAGCACGACUACGUGGCCACCGACACCGAUGAGCUGCAGCUCAAGGCGGGUGACGUGGUGCUGGUGAUCCCCUUCCAGAACCCAGAGGAGCAGGAUGAAGGCUGGCUCAUGGGCGUGAAGGAGAGUGACUGGAACCAGCACAAGGAGCUGGAGAAAUGCCGGGGCGUCUUCCCCGAGAACUUCACAGAGCGGGUUCAGUGAGGGCCACGGCUGGUGCUGCUCUCUGGGCGUGUGAAGAACACCUUUUCCCGAAAAAUGUGUGUUUUGGGUUUUUUUUUUUUUUUUUUUGAUUUUUGUUUUUAAACUUUUGAAAAGCAAAGGGAAACUGAGAGGAGAGGCCUAAGCCACGAGGUAUUCUCCCAAAGAUUAGGUGGUUUUCCAAAGAGCCUGGUUUCAGCAAGUCCAGUGGAAUCACCAGUGUUCCUGAAGCUGCUGUGUCCCCUAGUUAGGUUCCUGGCCACCCACCCUGCGCCCGCAUGUGUGCCUGGCCGCAGGGCGGGGCUAGGGGCUGCCAAGCCACCUUGCUUGCCUGAAGCUUUGGCCAAGCAGCCUGGGUGAGGGUCCUCUUUCUCCUGGCAGCUGCUGUGGGUGGGGUUGGGUCUCUCCAGAGAGCUCAGGGCCCAGACAUGAGCCCGGCCUGGCCCCACCCUGCAGACCGUCUGUGUGCCGUUUGAAAAUAAAUCUUAGUGUUCCAAGCAAAAUGAAACAAACUGGCGAAACCA